UGCCGCCGCGGUAGUCUCUCUGUCCGAGCCGUCGGCCAACCGACGACGCAUACCCGGAUCCCGGCGUCCCGUGUACGCGCGUUGUGUCCGUUACCCUCCCACACACGACAUUCACACACGCUCUUUCACACAUACCCAUACACACUCACACACACAAACAUACAAACACAUACACACACAUACACUCGCACACAUACAACACACACACACGCACACACGCACACAUACACACACAUAAAACCACACUCACACAUACGGACAAAAACAUAUAAGCACACACACACAACGUAAAUGAUACGCAUCUGCAUGACGUACGCUACACGAUAAUAUCAUACGUAUUAUGUAAUAUAUAAUUAUGUUAUCGUAAACGACAGUUUUUCGUUGCUUUAAAAAAAAAAAAUUUUUGUUUUUUUUUUUUAUUCCAAAUUUAAAAAAUCUUUUUAUUUUCUCCAUUCGAACCGCAACAGUGAGAUAAUAACACAACGCUGUUAUAAAUUCGGCGAACGAUUUAAUAUAAUAUAGGCGUGCAUGUGCGCGUAACACAGUACGCGUAUUAUAUAGUAAAAUACCGUUCGCGAGCAUUAUCUAUUUCUCCCUCCUCGACGCCGCGUGUGCCGCCGUUAGCCCUCGCGGCGUCCGCAUCCGACUCUGACGCCGCGCGUACAUUCGCGGACGCCGGUGCAGUUCGUUUACGCGCCCGCUAUGAUAGUUGUGUGUAUCGCAUAAAUUGCACGUGUGAAUUUCGAUCGUCCGCGCCGCAGUCGGUGGUCUAAGUCAAGUGACGGACAGUUAACUCACCGGCAACGAACGUACAGUUGUUGUUAUUGUUGUUAUUUACGUCGUAUUAUAAUUAUAAUAUUAUCGUACGAUAACGUGCGACGGACAUCGGUCGUCCUCGCAGUAAUCGCGAUCGUAGCCGCCGCCACCGGCCCCGCCGCUGCCGCAGCCGCCGUCGUCGUUGUCGUCUCCGCAACCGGAGCAAAGAAGCCGCCACCGACGUCUCGUCCUACGAGUACUCCAUACUCGCUUAGGUCCGUGUGAUGGGUGCCCCGGAAGACCGAGGCCGCCAUGUUUGUCAGAUGGCGGACGUUGUGCGCGGCACCACUCAGCACGGUGCGGUACGGCGCCUGGUGCGGUAUGCGACGUGUGUGGCUCGGCAAGCGCGGUCGGCGAUCGGCAGCGGCUGUGGCUGCUGCGACAGCUGAGGUGGCGGCGGCGUCGUUGAUAAGGCGCCGGUGGCGGCCAGCACCAUGGUGGUGUCGCCCGCAGGAUGAAGAAGCAAAACGUCCGCACAUUAUCGUUGAUCGUUUGUACGUUCACCUAUCUGCUCAUCGGCGCCGCCGUGUUCGACGCCCUGGAGUCCGAGACGGAGAUACGUCGGAAACAAGCGCUGGACUCCAUAGAAGGGAUAAUUCUCAAAAAGUACAACAUAUCCACAGACGACUAUCGGCUGAUCGAGACGAUUGUACUGAAGUCAGAACCGCACAAGGCCGGACAACAGUGGAAGUUUGCCGGAGCGUUUUACUUCGCUACUACGGUACUCACGACUAUCGGUUACGGGCACUCGACACCGAACACGAAAUCCGGCAAGUUGUUCACUAUGUUCUACGCGAUGGUAGGCAUACCGCUGGGCCUAGUCAUGUUCCAGAGCAUCGGCGAGCAGCUGAACAAAUUCUCGUCCGUGGUGAUCAGACAGGCGAAGCGGGCACUUGGCUGCAAGCGUACCGAAGCCACCGAGAUCAAUCUCAUAUUCGUCGUGUCCUUUCUGUCGAGCUUGACGAUUGCGGGCGGUGCAACGGCGUUCUCCACGUACGAGGGAUGGACGUACUUUGACUCGGUCUACUAUUGCUUCGUCACGCUCACCACUAUCGGGUUCGGCGAUAUGGUGGCCUUGCAGAAGAACAACACGUUGAACGACAAACUCGAGUACGUGGCGUUUACGUUGAUAUUCAUUCUGUUCGGCCUGGCAGUAGUGGCAGCGUCGCUCGACCUAUUGGUGCUCAGAUUUGUCACUAUGAACACCGAGGACGAGAGAAGAGAUGAGGCUGAGGCGUUACAAGCCGCCCAAGGAGCCGUCCGGCUAGAAGGAGACGUGAUCACCUCACACGGGUCCGUGUCCAGCCUGCCGAUGGGAAGCGCGUUGGUGCUGGGCGCGUCGGGCCGGGGCAGAGGGUCGUCUUCGCCCGCCGAUAACGCGUCCGUGUGCACUUGCACGUGCACGCGGUCAAGGAGCAGGAACGACGGAUACCGUUCGGGCGAUUCACCGCCGUACGCGUCGGGCUCCGUCUACGGCGGCGGUGUCGUCACCGGGCGGGGCGUCGGCAGCGGCGGCGACCGGGACGACGGUGACGACGGGUGCAGCGGCGACGACGACGACGACGAGGACGACGACGGGUGCGAGCCGCAGGACAUACAGCUGGACACGUUCUACGAUGGUCGUGCGGUGGCCUCCACGUCGGUCGACCCGUACAGCUGUCGGCAGCGCGUCGUUCAAACGCAACAGCAACAGCAACAGCAACUGCAGAACGAACACAGAUCGUCCAUUUGACGUAUGUUCGCCAGUGGCCGAGGUGUAGGAGGCGGCGGCGGUGGUGGUGGCAGUGCCGGCGACUGCGACCGCGUCGGUUAUCCGUACACGCCGUUUGCAUAGCGGCCGUGCGCGAGCACCGUAACCGCGUGCCGACCGGCGGUACCGCGGUAACGGUUGCGUAUCCGUUCUCCGGUCUUAUCGGAAGACACGACACUGUACGUUCGACGUGACAGAAAUACGUCUCGUACAAUUAUUAUGGAGUUAGAUUGAGCAUAGUUGACAGCAGAUCUACACAUCGCGUUGUAUAAUCGUGCCGCUCGUCAGCGUAAUCUCUCACGGUGUCGUAGGUACGUACGAUUUCGGUUGAAAGACGACGAACAAUAAUGACCCGCAACAGCCACGUAAUCGAAAAAUGAAAUCGAGAAACGUAUAGACGACGCGAAAAUCGUAAUCAAACGAUCGAAAACAAUCGCGGCGGGCUACUCUGAUGUACCUAGCUGCAGCACAAAAGGGGAGGGGCCAUGUCUGCGUUACACCGCAAUCGUGUAAAACGAAAAUAAAAUUGUAUUAGGAACAUUAAAAUAUUAUGACGACAUUAUAUUAAACAUUUAAAACAAAUAUUAUUAAAGAAAAUAAAACGUAAUUAUGUACAUACAUGAUAGAAAACGCAAACUCAAUUCCGUAUCGACAAUUUUGUUGUUGGUCCUUUUGAGUUAUUUUUAUUAUUCUUUCUAAUUUUUUUUUUUAUUUUUUUCUUUAUGUUAUAACUACCUACAUGUUAGCAUAAACGUAUUAAUCAAAAAUGUUAAAGUAAUAAUAAUAGUUUUUCGACUUUGAAUAAUAUAUUACGAACGAUUCCGAAAUUAAAAUAAUUAUAUAAUAAUAUGUCUAUUAUAUAGUAUAUAUGUGUAUAAUUAUAAUUUCAAUUUUUUUUUUAUUUAUUUAAAUAUUGUACAUUUUUUGCUUUACACGUCAGUACGAUCAUAUUAUUAUAUUCCUUCAAAUUUUGGUCUCGUUUUUCAAUUUUGUUAUUCAUUUUUUUAUAUCUUUGAAUUUUUUUAAUACAAUUACCAUUGACAUUCGAAUAUUAAACAAUAAAUAAUACUAUUAAUGAUACAAUAAAUUUAGUUACAUUAUUUUGUUUACUUAUAAUAAAUUAAACGUUUUAAACAUUGAUUUUGAAAUUGAUGUAUAUAACUAUAAUAUAAUAUAUAGCUCGUAUUCAAA